GAGAUACCGCAAACUGUAUGAUAGGUUCCCAACCGACGGGAAGUCUUUGGUGGCUGACCUCGAGCGUGCCACGAACAGACCUCAGAAGACCUUGAUCGAGGACUUGACGCGCAAUUCUACGGUGGAGGACGCCGCGAAGCCAGUGGUGGUUGCGGUUGUGGACGAUCCUAACGAUUCCCGUUUUACGCAGAGGGUCGUGCAGGGUUUGGCGGCAAUGGAGCAGUGGGAUUGGAUCUCCAUCGUCAUAAGGAUGUACAUCAUUUCUUUUUUGUUCGUUGGGUACGUGCUGACCCCGCGCGUACUCAACAUUUUCUUGGCGUGGCUGAACUCCAUGCUGUCUGGGCUGGACUACACUAUUCUUACGGUGAUGACGCUGCUGUCAGGAAUUGUGUGUUUCCUUCUGCCACCAGUGCCCGGCCUGCCUGUCUACAUAUUCUCUGGCGUGCUGCUCGUCGGCCAGGCUGACUUCGACUACGCGCCCGCAUGUGCUUUCGCCACCAGCGUGGGCUUUCUGCUCAAGCUCUGCGCGUGCGCCAUGCAGCAGAAGUUUAUCGGUGAGCUCUUGGGCAAGAGUCUCUGGGUGAGAAGCCAGUGUGGAGUCAACAAGCCCUUAAUCCGCGCCAUAGAGCUCGUGCUCCGGGACCCUGGGACCUGGACGGUCGGCAAGAUGGCCAUCCUAUGCGGAGGGCCCGACUGGCCCACCUCAGUGCUGGCCGGGAUCUUGAAGCUCAACCUCUGCAAGAUGAGCGAGUUCUGGAACCGCGCCGCGAGCCUCAUGGUCUCGUCCACGGCGCUUAUGGGGCUGGGCAUGUGGUUGAUGGCCGCGUGGAAGAUCCAGGAGAAGCUGGACGAUGAGGACUGGGAGGUCACGAGGCCCCUCGCGAAGAACGUCGAUCUCGAUUGGCUGGACUUCCGCAGCCAGGAAAUCGCCGGGGUCUGCGUUGCCACCUGGAGCAGCCUGCCUCGCUACGUGAAGUGCAUCUCCACCACGGGCCUGUUCAUGAUAUUGUGUGUCUGCUACCUCUUCUUCUGGAGAGCAAGUGUGUGUUUUGGAAGCUUCGCGGUCACCGACGACAUCGACACGCUCGUCCUUUGGGGUGGCGAUGAUGGCAUCAUCAAGCCGAUCGGCCUGGUGGGCCUGGCCAUCUCUGGGAUUGCCAUGCUGGGGUGCCUGGUGCUCCACACCUACGUCACCCUGCUGCAAAAGGAGGCCGUGAACGAGAAGAUCGCCGAGCUGGGCGCGAUCGAGGAGACCUGGAAGGAUGACCGUAGGCAGAGGGCCGCCGAGGUGGAGAAAGCUGGCCGGCCCGCCCUCAAGGGGAUCCACUUGGACGCCGACCUGGCAGCGGAGGCCAGGCUCAGAGUAUCCCGCAUGGUUGUUACCGGCACCGUCGCUGACGGCACCGAGUGA